UGGUCAUUAACCAUUUAAUUUGAACUUAACUCGUACACUUUAUACUCACUAUUUUUAAAACGCUUUUUUAUUAUUAUUAUUUAUUUGUUUUUAAUUUUUUUUUUUUUAAUUCCAUCUAAAAAAAAUGGUUAGCAAAGGAACCGUAAGACAAUUUUUAGCCGCGAUAGCAGGGUCGUUGUCCAUAAUGAACGUGGGUAUCAUACUGGGCUGGACGUCUCCGAUCAUGGGCCAACUUCUCGGUCCCAACAGCCCGAUCCCAAUGACCGUUGACGAAAGCUCGUGGUUUGUGUCGGUAAUCGACUGGGGUCUGAUUCUCGGGUCCAUACCGUUCGGGAUCAUGUCCGACAAAUGGGGCCGCAAGCCCAGUCUGUUGAUCAUUGGCCCUCUCGCCCUAUUCACGUGGAUGGCCGUGCUGUGGGUGGACACGUUCCAGGGCCUGUUGGUCAUUCGGUUUUGCCAAGGCCUGCUGUCGGCCGGAGCGUACACGGUGCUGCCGGUGUACGCUGGCGAAAUAGCCGGCCCGAAAAUCCGCGGCGCCCUGGGCACCAUGUUCCAAAUACUCAUGUACGUGGGCAUACUGUACGUUUACGUGGCGGGCACGUAUUUGGACUACAGCCGUCUGACGUACGCCCUGAUGUUGGGUCCCGUUUUGUUUUUCGGCCUGUUCGCCUUUAUACCCGAGUCGCCGCACUUUUUCGUCAUGCAGAACAGAAUGGCCGAGGCCAAACGCUCGUUGGUCUGGCUUAGAGGAGGCGCCAACCGGACCGUCGACGAAGAGAUGGAAGCCGUCGUCGAGUGCAUCUGCAAAGAGAUGAGAGGCGCCACAUUUUCCGAGCUGUUCACCGACUGGAUAAGCCUGAAAGCGCUCAUCAUCGUCCAGGGGCUGUCCGUGUUCAGGGUGAUGGCCGGUAUCACCGCGCUCAUAUCGUAUGCGUCCAUCACGUUCUCAGAAAUGCACGUGGACGUCGACCCCAACAAGCUGUCCGUGGUGUUCGCUUGUUCGGUGCUCUUCUCCGCGUUACCGUCCACCAUUCUGGCGGACCACGUUGGCCGCCGACCGCUGAUGAUAUUGUCGUGCACCUUCUGUUUUGUGUUCGACACGGCCAUAUUCGGUUACUUCUACAUGGACCGCCAUACCGCGUACGACGUCACCGAAUACGGUUGGCUGUGCAUUUUGGCCGUCGGCGGUCUGUCCGUGGCGCACACGAUCGGACUGGGCUCGCUACUGUCCACCAUCAAUUGCGAGCUGUUCCCGUCCAACACCCGGUCAACGGCCAACGCCAUCAACACCAUUACGCUGACCAUAGUUUCGUUUCUGGCGCUCAAGAUCUAUCCGGUGCUGGCCGAAAGUGGCGGCAUGUACAGGAAUUACAUGGUUUCGUCUAUGUUCAGCCUGGUGUCAAUCAUCUGCUGUGUCCUGUGGCUGCCCGAGACCAAAGGCAAGACGUUCGCCUCAAUACAGGCCCAGCUCAGAAAGACCAGCGAUCUGGUAUGAGCAUGUGUUCGCCGAGCAACGGCGUUAUAACAAAAUUGUUGGCCAAACCAGAAAAAUUGUUAACGCCACCGUGUUUUAGUGACGCAGGCAAGAUAUACUGCCAGUCGAAUAAUACACUUAACUGUCGAAUAGAUAAUUACUAAUUCUAUUCACCGAGCAAAUUUGUAUUAUGAUGACUUAAGCACGUAUAUUUCAAAAAUCGCCAAUUUUUGCAUAAAAAUAAAUAUUUUGCCUACUGUAAUCCCACCACAUCAACGCCACAUUUAUGGUAUAGUAGCAAUAAACGAAAAAUUAAUAAUUUA